GACAUCAACCAUUUUCUUCUCGUGGACAACAAGGCUGUCUUUGUGAAGUACAAGCGUCUGAUUUUGUUCGUGAAGCUUAUAGGUUGAGCCAGAAACGUCAUCGUGAUCCGAUUGCCAUUACACUUCCGGUUUCGUGCGUGGAGCGGUUUUCUUAAGGAAAAAUAAAUAUUUUCAGUAUCAGAUGAUCAGGCAAUUGAUUAGUCAACUAACCAAGCAAUUAACCAAGCAGUCAAACAAUCAGCUAACCAAUCAAUUAACCAAUCAGUCAGGCAAGCAAUUAACCGCUCAGUGAGUCAUUCAGUCAGAGGCAAACUGCCUUUUAGGUCUGUUCAAUCAGAACUGCUUGUCUGAGAUUAUCAAGCAACCACGACGUUCAUAUCUUUAAGCACAGCUCUGAUUUCAUAGCUUGAAGAGAGUCAAGCAGCCUUGAAAACUACUUGCAAUUCCACCAAGGUAUUCAUCUAAUUUGUUUGUUACCCCUGGUGCUUCGCUUUGCUUUCGCUGUUUGCCUCGCUCUGUGUUGCUGACGGGCAAGAAUUCGAUGAUCUCCCCCACCAGGACUCACGACUUGAAAAUCAGGCUGCACAAGAUGCUUCUCCUCGUUCAUUGCGCAACAACAACAUCAUGGUAUUAUUUGUAACACUGUUGAUCUAAUAAUUGAUUAUAAUAUAUAUUUGUCAUCGUAUAGUCUAGGGGUUGGCAUGCUAGCCACUGAUAGACUUCAUGGAAUGGAAUAGUCGCUCCUGUUUUCAGUUCUUCUUUUUCUUAGAUUAUAGGUGCUGAAUACCAUCAAUAGUUCUUGGAAGCAGACGGCGAUCCUGCUGUUUUCGAGUCGAAGACAUUGGAACAGAACAGCAUUGCUACUGCUAGAUUCUUGGAACAGAACAGCACUGAUACGAUUAAGGCUUGUCGUCCUAAAGCUAAACCUCACCUAUUCGAAAAGGGAAAAUAAUACGCGAGUUGCUAACUGAACUAUAAGAGUCACCACGCAGUCGCUCUUCCUUCAGCAUCUCGCUUAUUUUAUAAGUAGUUCGUUCCUUGCUUUUUAUUUCAGUUGAUUGAAUAACCCGAUGCAUCUUCAGGGAAGUCAACAUAAGAAGAAGAAAUAAUUACAGAAACUGAUGGGGUCUCUUCAGGAUGUUGUACAAGUAGAAGUAGAUGGAGGAAGAACAGGGGCGCAGUGAGCUCUAAUUCAGAAAGUGGAGACGAGCAGAAGGUGGAGACGGGCAUAUUAGGACGAGUAGACAACGGAGACAGCAGUGGAGUCGAAAAGGCCACCGCAUUAGGUGGAGUAGACUAUCAUGGAGAGAGCAGUGGAGAUAGUAAAGCAUGGGAGAAAACAGCGCUCCUCUCUUUACUAGCAAAUGAGCAGUCUACUUCGUUGUUCUGGGACGAGACGACAAAACUCGGACAGCCGACAUCUUUUUUGGAAGAGCCUACUUCUUCGAGCUGGGUACUUCAACACUUCUUGUCAUCUCUAUUUCUUUAUAGUAGCCUGCCAUCUAAUAGUGCUACUUUUUUUUUAUAGAAAUAAAGCAAUUUGAAUGGAAAAAAUCAAUAAAGUUAAACUAUAUUUUUUUAUGCAAGUAGUAGUAGAGCAUGCAACUAAUUGAAAUGGAGGAAAACAAAAAUAUAGUUCAACGAUAUUCUUUUAUGCAAUUAGAGCAACCAAUUUGAAUGGAGGAAAAUUUGAAAUAAAGUAAAACCACUUACAAUUUAGGGGCUUACCGAUACUUGGAAUGGAGGAGAAUGGGAAUACCUGGCGCCAGCUAAAAGUGUCGAUGGAGCGGACGCUAAAAAAAGUAGCUCUUCUUUUCCUUCAUUUAAGGCUACCGUUCAAGCAUGUCUCCUUAGUUUCAGGAUGAUCCUUCGAGGUUCUUCGUUUUUACUUGAAAAACGGACCAAGGAUGCACAACUUAGGGACGGCACCGCGGUAGCUCUAAUUCACUUUCUUUUUUGCAAGCAGCAGAGCAGGUGGACCGGGACGCGACGAAAUGCGUUAGGUUUCAGGAUCUAGAGUCGCUGAAGCUCGAUCUACCAGAUAGGCAUAGUCAAGUUUCAGUGCACGUGAAGAGCGUUGAGACGAUGAUCAACAGGGUCAUCUACGGUUAUGGUCAACAUUUAAUCGCCAUCUUUCAUCAGCACCUCAGCGGUGCUACCCUUUUCUUCAUCCCAUACGUAGAGCAAGGAUACAAGGGAGAAGGGGCCGGGAUGAGUAGAGGGCGACUCUAAGAGGGGACCACCAACGCUUGGGAGCAGUUGAGAAUGUUAGGGAAAGACUGUCGACACAGCUUUUUGCCUGACGCGUUUGCUGCGCUGAAGUUUUUGCUGAACGAUAAAGAUACCGAUGACCAUAAGAAGAUUACCGAGUUGUUCUCCCAGCUCGACAACUCCUCCGAGGACACGAAGGCAAUUCGGGAGAACCGGGCGCCUAGCACGACAAACGGCCGUGCGCUUGGGGCGCUGCUGUGUGUUUUCUUGUUAAGGCAUCCCACGAUGAGUGAACAAAUUGGCGGACGAUGAACCUUGUGGCUCCGCUUCUAAAGGGGUAGCGUCUUCCCUGGGGAUGGGAUCGCAGCCACAAGGGCUACUCCUAGGGAUCAUGAUGGAGAAUUUGUGUUCUAUUAGUAGGCCCUAAUGUUGGAUCUCUCUUUACCCAGUGAGCACACCAGGCAAGAACAAGAGGAAGAAGGAUUGGGCCUCGCAAACUUCUUGUUGCUCGUUUCGAACAGGCUCAACAAAAUGGCUGUGGCGGAUCCCGAUGAAGGAGUUAUUAUCUGGGGUUCCAUGCAAACGGACCUGGUGACAUGCAUGGGGAACUCGCUAGAGUUAAGGCUUGAGAAGAUCCAUUUCUUUCAGCGUCUUGGCCUGAUUUUGAAGGGGAAAAGGAAGUGAAGACGCUGACCGGGAUGGGUUUGGGCAAGGGCUAAAAAUAAAGCUCGACCGCGGACCAAGUGAGAGGAGAAGAGAAUGGAAGCAGAAAGCCGUGCUCGCACUCGAGCGCGUAGAAAAUGUAACUAGUGGGAAAGCGGUUCCGAAUGCUCGGCGUCGAGCAAUGCUGAAAGAGUACGUUGACAUUGUUCGACGCCGUGAGCCUCUCAUUGACGAGGAGAUGGAGGCGAAGGCAGCGCAGGCGGAGGAGAAGGCGGCGAAGCCAGCGGAAUUGGUGGCAGCUUCGAAGGCGAUGAAAGCUGCGGAGACGAACAAUGCUGCGGAGGCGAAGGCAGCUGCGGGGUCGGCUCCGGUGCCGGGGGUUGCUCCUGCAGAUGCUGCUACGCCUCCGGCGUCAGGGAAGGCGGAAUCAUCUGAGCGUGCUGGUGUGCCCCCUGGGGCUCUUGGCGUUGCGACCCCUCACCCUGUUGGUCCUGGUGCUGCGUCUGCAGUGGAGGCGAAGGCAGCGGAGGCGAAGGCAGCGGAGGCAGCGGAGGCGAAGGCAGCGGAGGCAAAGGCAGCGGAGGCGAAGGCAGCGAAGGCGAAGGCGAAUGCAGCGGAGGCGAAGGCAGAGGCAGAUGCGGAGGAGUUGAAGGCAGCGGAGACGAAGGCGGAGACAGCGCAGGCGGAGGCGAAGGCAGCGGAGGAAAGGAAGAAGUUGGCGAAGGCAAGGGAACGGGCGGCAGCUUUGGAUACGAAGGCACCUGCGGGAUCGGCUUCGGUGCCGGAGGUUGCUCUUGCAGAUACUGCUACGUUUCCGGUGUCAGGGGAGGAAGAAUUCUCUGAGCCUGUUGAUGUGCCUCCUAGGACUCCUGGCUCUGCGUCUGCUGAUGCUUCCCCACCUGGUGCAGUCGAUCCUGAGCCUGCUGCGAUCCCUCACCCUGUUGAGCCUGGUGUGGCUUCUUCUGAGCCUGGCGCGGCUUCUGAGACUGGCGCGGCUUCUGAGAAUGGCCAGCUUCGCGUGAAUCUUGAACGAGAAGGUGCGGUUACUGACGAUGCUGCGACCUCUCAGCUUCCCGUGACUCGUGGAAGAGAAGGUGCGGAGACGGCGAAGGCAGCGGAGGCAGCGGAGACGAAGGUGAAGGCCGCGGAGGUGGAGGAGGCGGCGUCACCGGAGGAAGUUGGUGUGCCCCCUACGACUCCUGGCUCUGCGUCUGCUGAUGCUUCCCAGCCUGCAGUCCAUCGUAAGCCAGCUGCGACUUCUCAGCCUCGACGAGAAGAUGCUGCGACUCCUCGGCUUCCCGUGACUCCUGGACGAGACCAUGCGGUUACUGACGGUGCUGCGACUCCGCAGCCUGUUGAGCCUGGUGCCGCGUCUGAGUCUGCUUCGGGUUCUAGCACUGGCACGGUGUCUACGCCUGGCGUAAGAACGAGACGCCAGCUGACUGCGAGGGGGCUUGCUGUGACUCCACAAUCAGCAUCAUCAAGAACGAGUAAUGCGUCACCGGGGAGCUCGGGAGAUACUACAGUGGCCUCAACAACAGCAAGUGCAUCAGAAGGAGACACCCCGCUAAGGCUCACAGUCCUGAUUUUAACUCAGGGGUUCUCAUGAAGAUUAAGAUAGUUCUUAUUUCUGAUAAAAUGCACACUUUGAUUGUUCAAGUACAUGCACUAGUAUGGAGCUACUUACACAUGAUUUUUCUACAUAGUUUGAAACUACUUGAAUAAUAUGUGAGACUCAAGAACAACAAUUUAAGGAUAUCAUGAUCUAUUACUUAGUACCAUAUUUCGGAGAGUCAAAGAUGUCAUCUAGCACGUAGUACUUUGUGAGACAGGUGGCGAUAGAGUACAUAAGAGGAUAAGAUGCAUCAUGAUCUUCACUCUUCAUCCUGCUCUAAUACACUCACAACCAGAAGGCUCCGCCUCCUCCACCACUAGGAACAACAUCGGUCGGCGCAGGGAGAAACGUGAAAAACGUAGGCGAGUGAAUUUGCGUGGAUCGCAAAGGAUACUUGCUGUUGAAGUUAAGAAUGGAUUUAAGUAUAAGCUCAAUGUUUGUCUUCUUCUACACUGACUUCAAGAACAGGAUUAGUACUAAAUGGUUGUACUACAUCAAAGGCACUAGUUGGUAGUACUACUUACUCAUGGGCCUCUGUUGACAGCUUGACAGGCUUGAGGCGGUCUCCCUGGGCCUCUUGGACAGAGUCCCGUUCUCUCCGAUGAUUGCAGGAACAACCACAUUUAGAAAAGAUCUUGAGAAAUUUGAAGUAGAAGAGUAGUUCCGGCUCAAGGUUGGCGACCGCUGGUCAACGGCUUAGACAAGGUAAUCAGGUCUCCGAUCGUCCUAUCGAUAUGUUUUGAUUAGAAGAGAGAACGGGACUCUGUCCAAGAGGGUGUUGACAGCUACUCCCUGGACCUCUUGGACAGAGUCCCGUUCUCUCUUCUAAUCAAAAGGGUAGUGACGAGCACGCGUGCUGCGGCUAG